CCCCCCGCUGCCCUUUGAGCCCAGCUCCUCCCACCCCCCCAGCUCAGCACAGGAAGAGCGCGGCCACAAAAACCCCGUUGGCUCCUCUGGGGCCUCAGUGAGGACGGGGAUGGGACGGGGACAGGGUGGCACUGCCAGGACAGGGUGACAUUGCCAGAGGGGUGGCAUUGCCGGGACAGGGUGACAUUGCCAGAGGGGUGGCAUUGCCAGAGGGGUGGCACUGCCGGGACGGGGUGACAUUGCCAGAGGGGUGGCAUUGCCGGGACAGGGUGGCACUGCCGGGACAGGGUGGCACUGCCGGGACAAGGUGACAUUGCUAGGACAGGGUGGCAGUGCCAGAGCGGUGGCAUUGCCAGGACAGAGUUGUCACAGCCAGCUGAGGUGGCAGUGCCAGUGGGGUGCCACCGCCAGCUGAAGUGCCACUGCCAGCUGAGGUGCCACCACCAGCUGAGGUGGCCCUGCCUGGCCAUGUCCCGGCCGUGGCUGCUGGCGCUGCUGGCGCUGCUGGCUGGGCACUGGGCACCGCCGGGCGCCGCCGGGAGCUGCCAGGACAGGGAGCUCCGGCCCGUGUGGGGAGGCGGCACCAAGUGCUGCCCCAGAUGCACCUGGAAGGGACGAACCCCUCUGGAAUUCCCACAGGAAACCCGGCGCCCUGCGUGGCGGCGCAGGACCACGACUGCAAAUGUCCCCCGGGGCACAGCUGCGCCGACGAGCCCUGCCAGUUCUGCCGGGCACUGCCGCACUGCCCGCCUGGCCGCGAGCCUGCCCGCAUCGGAUCCGUGAAUUUCCAGUUUGAGUGCAAACCCUGCGAGAACGGCACCUACUCCAGCAGCAGGGGCAGCUGGUGCCGCAACUGGACUGACUGUGAGAGCAGCGGCCUCGUCACACUGCGGGUGGGGAACAGCAGCCACGACUCCGAGUGCAGCGUCCCGGGCACGGCCCCGCAGCCAGCCGGGCCGGGGCCGGAGCCGCGCUCCAGCCCGGUGCUGGCGGCGCUGGUGGCCGCGGCCGUGUUCGCGCUGCUGCUGCUGACGCUGCUGCUGCACUUCUGCAUCUGGAACCUGCACGGGAGCGGGAAGCGCCCUCCCGCAGACGCCGAUCCCGGCCCCACAUUCCAGCGGCCCCAGGUGGAGGAAUCCUACAGCAUCCAAUUCCCGGAGGAGGAGCACGGCGACAAAUCCCAGGAAAAGCUUUCCAUCCUCUCCCUGAAAAUCUACAGCGAGCUCCGAUAGCGGCUUCUACUCCGGGAUCGCCGGGAAUGCGGGGCUGGAAUUCCCAAAAAAACACGUAUGGGGAGAGGCGGCGUUCCUCCCGAGGGAGAGGAGUGGCUUCAGGGUGCCUUUGGAUUUGGUUUUCCCUAAAAAAAGCUGGGAUUUCGGGAUAAAUCCUGCUGGUGUUGGUGCAGGAGGGAGGGAGCAGGGAUUUCCUGGGAUAUCCUGAUUUCCAGGAGUGGGAGUCGUGAGCAUAGCUCCUGAAUUCCCACAUUUCCUGAAUUUCCCACAGCUCCUGAUUCCCCACAUUUGCUUUUCCCACAGCUCCUGAAUUCCCAGAUCUCCUGAUUUCCCACAUUCCUGCUUUCCCCACAUUCCUGCUUUCCCCACAUCUGCUUUUCCCACAUUCCUUCUUUCCCCACAUCUCCUUUUCCCAGAUUUCCUGUUUUCCCCACAUUUGCCUUUCCCACAUUUGUUUUUCCCACAUUUGCUUUUCCCACGUCUCCUUUUCCCACAUUCCUGCUUUUCCACAUCUCCUGCUUUUCCCUCAUUUGUUUUUCCCAUGUUCCUGCUUUUCCCACAUUCCUGCUUUCCCCUGGAUUUUCCAGCGGCCCUGCUUGGGUCAUUCCCGACCCCAUCCCAGCGUCUCCCGACCCCAUUCCUGCUCCCACCCCAAGAGUCCCUUGGGAAGCUCCUGCUGUGCCAGCAGGGAUUUUCCUUCCGAGGAAAAUCGGGGGGAAAAGGGAGGAAAGAUCAUCCAGGAAAUGCUCAGAGCUCUGGAAAAAUGAAGGGAAUGGGCAAAAAUCCUGGAGAAGGUUCUGAGGCAGGAUUUGGGCACUUCUGAUCCCUCUGGGACCCUUCCUGCUUCAGAUAGUCAAAGAUUUUUGAUGGAAUUCCAGCAGGUUUGGGAAGUUUUUUGGGCUGACCCCCUGUGGAGAUGGCAGUGCCAACAUCUUAUUGAUAAUUAUGGAUAAUCCAGGAUGAGCUGCUCCUGGUAAUCUGUUGAAAUUCCCGGAAUUUCAGGGGAAUUGCCCAUGGAUUUCAACCUCUACUGGAUGAUCCCUGGAUUUUGGGCUGGGAGUUCUGGGAAUGCUCCCCUGGACAACGACUGGGAAAGGAAAAAGAGGGAAAAAAUAAAAUCCCAUUUUUUGAGGAAUUGAAAUUCCUCCCUCCAGGAGCAGAGAUCCAGAUCUGGGAAUGGGAAAAACACCCAAAAAAAAGCCACGGAAUUCCACCAAAGCUCGGCUUUAUUACACCCAAAGAUGGUCUUAAUCUCACCAAAACUGGGCUUAAUUUCCACCCAAAUCUCAGUUUUAUUUCCAUCUAAAGAUCAGCUUUACUUCCACCCAAAAGAUGGGCCCCAAUCCCAGGGAUUUAUGGGGGGGGGGGGGGAUGGGCCCAAUUCCAGGGAUUUAUGGCUUUGUUCUAAUCCAAUUCCCAGAAUUCCUCCCCCAUUUCCCCCUGGGCCUCCAGGAAUAGUCACUCAUUAACACCGAGCCUUAAUUAAUCACCAGGCUUUAAUUAAUCCCCACUCUGCUUCCUCCUUUUCCUGCUUUUCCUGGGAAUUUCAUCUUCCCAGGCUCGCUCCAGGCAGGAUUUGGGGCAGCUCCUCCCGAGCUCUCCACAUUGGGGGAAUUUUUUUGGAAUUAUCAUUUUAAUUUGGAAUAUUUUUAAGGAUGAGCCAUUUUUAAUUUUAAUUACGGAGCAAUUAAUUCCAUUUUCCCCUGAUUAUCCACUGAUUUUAGCAGGGAAAGGGGUUGAAGUUUUUCAGGGAUGAGGGAAAAGAAUUCCAGACUGGUUUGGGUUGGGAGGGAUUUGGAAAAUACUUUAAUUCCCAACAUUUUUGGGUCGCUAGACCCAGUUUAAUUUGGAAUUUAGAGUGAGGGAAGGGAAAAGCUCAUGGGGCUGGGAUUUAAUCCCAGAUCAAAUCCUUGGAAUGCCAUGGAAAGUUCUGGGCUCAGGAAUGUGGGAACUGCCAGAAAGGAACUGAAAUCUGGGAUUGGGGGGAAUUUUGGGAUGGAAAAUGGGAAUCAGGAGGAAUUUUGGCAUGGAAAACGGGAAUCCAUAGGAAUUUUGGCAUAGAAAAUGGGAAUCAGGAGGAAUUUUGGCAUGGAAAAUGGGAAUCAGGAGGAAUUUGGGGAUGGAAAAUGGGAAUCAGGAGGAAUUUUGGGAUGGAAAUUCCCAGGGAAUAUUUUGAUUCCAAUUCAAAUUUUCCCUGGCUGGGCCCUCCUCAUUGUCCCCAAAUCCAUCUGUACCCUGUGGAAAAUCCCAGAAAAUCCUGGAAAAACCCCUGGAUUUGGGAUGGGAAAAACCCUGGUUGGGAUGGGAAAAUUCUGGAUUUGGGAUGUUAGACCCAGCCUAAUACCCAGCAUCGCCUCCACCAAUUCCCAGGGAAUAUUUUGAUUUUAAUUCUGAUUUUCCCUGGCUGGAUCCUCCCCGUUGUCCCCAGAUCCAUUCUUACCCUGUGAAAAAUGCUGGCAAAUCCCGGAAAAUCACGGCCUGGCUGGAAUUUUGGGCCGGAGCGGUUUGGAUCACCCUUUAAACAUCGUUACCAGACAGUGUUAGAGUAGAGGCAGCAAAUCCAGCACUGUCUAGUAAGAUGCCCACAGAGGACCAGCAAGUCCGGCAGCGGCGGGAAUCAGCAAUUCCGGGUUCUUCGGGAGGCCGGAAUUCCAGGAAAAACCCAAAUUCCUUUGGAAUUUGCCACGGGUACACAAAGAAAACGGGCUUCGGGGAAGGAGGAAUUGAAAUCGUGGCGGGUUUGGGGGGAAAAGAGCAUAAAAAGCUAUUGAGUUGAGGUUUAAAGUGGAAAUAAGGGGUAAGCCUGGCUUAAGGCAGGACAAGAAGAAGAAUGUGAGGUUAAAACUGAUUUAGGAGAGGUUGAAACAGAGAGGUUAAGCCUGGUUUAAGGCAGAUUUAAAAAAGAAAUAUGAGGUCAAGCCUAAUUUAGCAAGGGGUAAAGACAGAUAUAAACAAGAACCAGGAGGUUAAACCUUACUUAAGAAAAAUCAGAAAGAGAAAGAUGAGGUUAAACUUGAUUUAAUAGAGCUCUAAAAGAGAAGGAUGAAACUAAGCCUGCAUUAAUAUAGAUCCAGAAUAAAACCAUGAAGUUAAGCCUGGUUUAAGGCAUGAAGUUAAGCCUGAUUUAAGACACGAAGUUAAGCCUGAUUUAAUACAGAUCUAAAAGCGAAACAGGAAGUUAAGCCUGACUUAACGCAAACGACCAAGGCAAUCCCACCAUUCCUUUCCAAUCAAAUCUUCCCUGGGAAUUCCCGGUGAGCAAAAGGCACAAAACCCCACUUUUGGGGCAGAAUUCCUGCAUUUCCUUCGCUCCCAAAGCCCCUUCCCCGCUGGAUAUUCCUGAUUUUUGGGACAAUUUCUGCAUUUUUUGCUGCACCCCAUCCACGUUUUUUUUCCUAAACUGGGCUUAUCCUACGUGGGGAUUUCCUCCAUGAGAACUCAGAUAUCCAGCUAAACCCAGCCUGGAACUCAAAGCUCAGGGGUUGAUCUGGGCAGGGCACAAAGCAGGGACACUUAAGAUGGGCUUAUCCCAUGCCAGGACUUCCUCCAUGAGAACUCAGAUUUCCCAACGCUAAACCCAGCCUGGAACUCAAAGCUCGGGCGUUGAUCUGGGCACGGCGCAAAGCGGGGCCGCUUAAACUGGGCUUAAGCCGCGCCGGGGACGUUGUGUUUGCCACGCAGAACUCAGAUUCCCCAAAGCUAAACCCGGCCUGGAGCUCAAAGCUUCAUCUGGGCAGGACUUUGUGACACAAAGCGGGGUCGCUUAAACUGGGUUUAUCCCUCGCAGGGAUUUCCUCUGUGAGAACUCAGAUUUCCCAAGGCUAAACCCGGCCUGAAGUUCAGAGCUCGGGGGUCGAUCCGAGCUCACCUUUGCGGCGCAAGGCGGGGCUGCUUAGGCCGGGCUUAGGCCCCGGCGGGGACGCUGCGGGCGCGGUGCUCAGGAAGAGCCUUCAUCAUCAUUACCAGGCAGUAUUAGAGCGGCAUGGAUCAUCCAAUGCUGCCCAGUAAGAUGCUGAGGACAUCUCAGCACGUCCCAAAUUCGGAAUUUUUUCAAGCAAAAAAUAAAAAAAUUUUGGGAAAAA